GCAAUUUAAUUGAAUCACAUAAACCUUGGGUUCAUCGGAUUCGAAUUGGUGAAUUGAACCGUACCCCCAAAAACCCAUCGGAGGCGGGUCUAUAGCAAGCGGCCACUGCUCGCUGCAACUUCAUUCCUCCAGUUCCCAUGUUCUCCUGUGUAAAACAAUUAAAGAUCUUAAACCCUGGCCUGCGGCUCGCAGCCUACCAGCUUCGAUAUGCCAGAAACGAAGCCGGUCAAAACAGGCGCCGCUCCAAGUCCCCAGCCUUUUCAGCGAAAAAGACCGACCAGAAAUCUCAGUGGUGGAUAGUCGACGGCGAGAUGCACGAGAUUGGCGAUCACGUGCCUCCACGCGAGCGCUUUGUUAUUCCAAGAGAUAACGUCCCCAACCGGCGCCGUAAGCAGCUCAGAGAGCAGUUCAUGCGCCGUACACGCCUUGUUCUCAAGGAAUCCGAGCAUGAGCCUUGGUGCAAAAGAUAUUUGGAAUUGUAUCAGGAACUUCGAGAAAAUUGGGAAAGGCUGUACUGGGAUGAGGGCUACUCUAAAAAAAUUGCCCAAGACCAUGCCAACUACGAUUCUGCUGAGGAUGAUGAUCAAGAUUUUAAUCCAUAUAGGAGCAAGAGACUUGAGCAAAUGAAGGAUGAAGGUUUUGGGAGAAAUAGGCAAGAUGAUACAUGGGAUAAGGUUAAUCAAAUUCGGGACAAAUUUGAAUAUGAUAGAAAGAAAAGAAUGGAAGAGAAAGCAUUUGCUCCAAUGAACAGAGGAAUACCUUCAGAGUUACCUGGUCCAAAUUUCCGGAACCAGCCAUUUGACACCCAGAGAUAUUUUGCUGAUGAGAGGGACUGAAUGAUAUUGUCCUUGAAAUUUAAUUGUGAAGUCCCUAAGAGCUCAGGGAGUACCAUAAUGGAGAUACGCUGGAAGAGCUUUUGUCUUUUGGCUCUUGAAAAUUGUGGCUACCCUCUGAUUGAUGGUUGUUUCAGUGAAGCCAGUGCAAAAGCAUAUCUGAUAAUGCUAGGAUGAUGUAACAUUUUUAACCUAGUUGUAGUUUAGUCAGUAGGUUGGCUGAUAAUCUCCAUGUCAAAUAAAAUUUCUUGAAGAUAUUACUUGUAAUCAAUUUAAAGCAUGAUUUAUACCGUGCACA